AUGUUGAACAAGUCUUCCUUGGGUUCCUUUUGCAGGGUCGUUUUUGCCCCCCUUUGGUCAUUUCAUGUGGUUGUAGCACGCGGAAGAUUCUCCUUACCUGCUCCGUCAAGACCUCUUGAUCGGCAUUGGGCACCAUGUCAUGCCAUCAUGGCCACACCAUUGCUUGUUGCUUUUGAACUACUCCUCUGCAUAUAUCUCGAGGACAACUAUGCUGUAAACUUGAAGAUUGUAUUUUUGCCUUUACUGGCAUUUGAAACAGCAAUCUUGAUUGAUAACGUCAGGAUGUGUAGGGCUCUAAUGCCUGGGGAUGAAGAUACCAUGAGUGAUGAAGCGAUAUGGGAGACACUUCCUAAUUUGAAAAGCUGUCUGAUGUCUGGAGCAAUAACUAUGGGAAUUAGAAUGUAUGAAAAUGUUGCUAGAAGAGAAGUUUCAAUGUUUUGGAGUUCUUCAGUUUUGUUAGACCCCAGACCAAUGGAGGGUAACCUAGAAGAACCUCUUUGCCAUAAGCACUUCUGGGUUGCAAUCUCCAUGGUCUUCUUCAUUGCUGCAACUACAUUCACUCUUCUAAAGCUAAGCGGAGUAGCAUUUGGUCUGGGAAUUAUCCAGUCCUCAUUAGCAUAUCUGCUGUGUGUUCCAGGAAAAAUUGGCAUUAUUGAAGCUAAAAUUGCUGAACCACCAGUCCACCAUGGGCGAUAA